AUGAGCAGUAACUGGCAGAGCGGUCGAGUCUAUCUCUACAUCGAAGGCGUCGCCGAUCGAGAGUCGGCGGAAGCGUUGCGAGGCGAACUGAUCGAAGUUCCGGAAGACGAACGCCCGCAGACCAGCGAACCGUUCUGGUACAUCGACGAAAUCGAAGGUCUGAGCGUCGUCACCUCGACCAGUGAGCAGUUGGGCACGAUUCGCGAGGUGCUUCAGACCGGCGCAAACGACGUCUACAUCGUGGACCGCGGCGAACGUCGUGACGUCCUCAUCCCCGCGCUGCGUGAUGUGGUGACUGCGAUCGAUAUCUCGGCUGGAACCAUGACCGUCGACCUGCCCGAGGGCCUGAUUCCCGAUGAUGAACUCGUUGAUUGA